AUGGAAAAAGCGUGUUCUAUUCUUAUCCACAAAAAAGGCAAUACAAGUGACCCCUCCAAUUUCCGCCCAAUUACUCUAGAAACUAUACCACUAAAAGUGUUUACCUCUUGUCUCCGCAAUGCUAUGUUCUCGUUCCUAACUGCUGAUCACUUUAUUGAACAUCAGAUUCAAAAAGGUUUCACUCCCAAUCUGUGUGGCACUCUGGAACACACUGCUCAAAUGACAAAUAUUAUCAACCAAGCGAGAAUAAAGCAGCGCUCUGUUGUCAUCACCCUUCUCGAUCUCAAGAACGCUUUUGGUGAAGUGCAUCAUAAUCUAAUUCAAUCUGUCCUCGACUAUCAUCACAUUCCCAAAGACGUUAGCGAAAUAAUAAAGAGUUUGUAUACGGACUUCAAUACUGCAUUUAUAACAUCAGAAUUCUCCACCCCAUUUAUAACUGUCGGUCGUGGAGUUCUUCAAGAAGACUGUUUUAGUCCUCUAAUUUUAAAUAUGUGCAUCAAUACCUUUAUUCAACAUAUAAAAACUGACAAAUACCGGCAAUUUGGUUUCAUUACAAAUCUUUUAAACCCAGUCCAUUGGUUCCAGUUCGCUGAUGAUGCUGCGGUAAUAAGCGGUCAAGAUUCAGAAAAUCAACAUCUUUUAAAUCAAUUCUCGAUCUGGUGCCAGUGGUCUAACAUGAUUGUCAGCGUUGAUAAGUGUUCAACAUUUGGGAUCAGGAAAAGUCUGACAAAAUCUAUCCAAUAUUUACCUAAACCUCUGAUUAACAAUGAAUUGAUACCUGCCACUAAAAUUGGAGAGCCGUUUCGAUACUUGGGGAAAUAUUUUGACUUUAGUAUGUCCGAGAAAGAACACAAACAAGAGCUAAUCACUCUCAUGGGCGACAUUAUGUCUGAAAUUGAUCUCAAACUUUUGCACCCAAAAAAUAAACUUUUGCUUUAUA